AUGGCGAGAGGCGCAGCUCCUGUCCCUGCUGCGACUACGUCCAGCAGAGUCAGGAACAAGAAGCUUUCAUACAGGCAGAAGCUAUGCGUUCAACGUGGCUCGCAUCUGCUCAACGCCGCUACUUCAGUGGUGGCUGGGCCGGAGCCCGAGUUUGAAGGACAGGAGCAUGCUCAAGACUCCAACUUGGGUGUUGAUGCAAGCGAAAUCUCGGAACACCAUUUGCAAGCCGCGUUAUCAUCGAAUCAGCUAGCGACAUCAGAGGGAAAUGCAGCAGCGGAAACGGCGAAAGCCGCCUACAGCAUUCCUGUGCCUGACGCACAUGGGACGCUCUCCAAUGCUGAAUUCGCGCAGCUCUAUCCACCAGGUGUCUACUCGGAUCCAGUCACCUACAUCCGCUACUCUGACCCAGUCGAGGAUUGCAUCAAGGGGCCCAGCUACAACAUGGACGAAGAUGACCAAGACUGGCUCGAAACCCGUAAUGCAAAGGCACAAGAGGAUCUGACUGCUGCUAUCCGCAGCGCAAAGACAGGGCCUCUGGCCGGAAGUGGAGGAAAAGGCAAGGCAAAGGAGAAGCUCCGCAAGGAGGCCAUUGAGAAGCUCAUUGCAGAGAACCAGGCCAGCUAUCGCCAAAUGUCCGAGGAUCAAUUCGAGAUGAUCAUGACUGUUUUCGAGCAAGUCACGUCCGAGCAAGUUCCUUUCCUGCAUCUUGAUGUGACCAAAAUCCCAACGAGCGAAGAGCUACUUGCCUAUUUCGAGCCAAACUCAUCUAUAUCCGCACUCGCCCAGCCCGACUUGCCACCACUCAGCUGGGAGAAGACCGUUUCUGCUGCUGGUCCGUCAAACACGACAGCCGGUGCUCAAGCACGUCGUCCCUCGAUCGCCGGUGCAGCCGCGUCUCGCUCCGCCUCCUCGACAGAGUGGUCGCCAUUGAAUCCCUACAAGAAUCUUGCCGACCUUAAAAACCUGGCUGGCAUUGUCUACCCUCACUGGAAGAGCCGCCGCGAGGAUCGCGAGGGUCGAACCGUCACUCCCUAUCUCAACUUUGAUGAGACCAACGACAAUGACCCAUACGUCUGUUUUCGUCGACGUGAAGUCAAACAGAUCCGCAAGACGCGAAAGACGGAUGCCCUCCACAUCGAGAAGAUGAUCCGCCUUCGCGCUGAGCUCGAGCACGCUGUUGCACUGACCGAGCUUGUGGCUCAACGCGAAAAGACCAAGCGAGCUUCGUUACGGCAGAGUCGCAAGUGUUGGGAGAAUAUCAAGGAUCUUAUGGACAUCAAGCGCCAGUGGGGCAUUGUCGGCCCACAGCAAGGAUUGGAAGACGAAGAGCUCAUUUCCGGAGAGCGCAGGGAUCAGACACACUCGGCUUCAGGGUCAGCGAAGAAGAAGCGCAAGACAGACGAAGCGGCAACGACGAUCAAGCUGGCUGGACGCAGGUCGCGCGCUGGCGAAGGCGAGGGUGCUGCUUCUGGCGCCGCUGCUUCGGCUGCCGGUGUGUCGGGCAUGGGUUCGGCGAUCCUCGAACGUGUGCAUGCCGUCCAGGCUUACAUCGAGCGCGAGUGUCUCCGCAAAGCCGACGCUGAUCUCGGUUGGGAAGAAGGCAGCGAUGCCGCCUUUCAGCCCAUCCCAGCACCAGCACCUUUGCGAGCCUUUCGACCCAUCCACGCCGAGUCAUCCGAAGACCCUCUUCCCUUCUCGCCACUCUCCACUCGGGCCGGUCGACCGCCUUCGUUUCGUAGACGUGUUGGACGUGGUGGCCGAGUCUUCUUGGACCGUCGUCUUCCCAUUCCUAGCCCAGUUCCCACUAGCCUCACUGACUGGCCUCGUUAUGGCCGUCCUAGGUCUCAGCUGCCAGGCGUCGUCGAAUCGCACGAGUUCUGCCCAACAGAGCUGGAUUCAAUUUCGACGCUUCCUGACGUGGCUUCAACCAGCUCUCUUGCCUCAAGCAAGAAGACCUUGACGGGUCCCUUUGCCUUUUCGCCAGAUGCUCAUCCUCAACUCCUCGCCUCGACAACGCAUCCCUCCGUGCAGUCGCUCCUCAACCAGGGCAACGAUGCAUUCGGAGGCCCCUUUGCCCGUAGUGGUCCUUUCGCUGGCCCGACACCCUCCAACUCGCAGGAUGAGGUGUCCGGGUCGCAACAUUCGGAUGCUUCGAGCACAUCAUCGGACUCGAGCGACCGCUCCCGACUCAGCGGCACCUCUGUCGGUGUGGUCAGUACACAAGCUACCGAGGUUGGGGACAUCGACAUGCUUGGACUCGACGAGGAGCACGACAAAGAAGAACGCGAAGAGCAGCGAGACGCCAGCGAUAGUGACGAGUCGGACAGCAAGUUUUCGGAUCCUGAGCGCGAGCUUCAGCGAUGGACCAGGAUGGAAGAGCGCUGGAGAUACGAUGACGAGUCUGGUCGCUUUGCCGGGCUGGGUCUUACUGCACUCGGAGGCAUGGAGGAUGACGACGAGGCUGUGCUGGACGAUUUCGACCAGAGAUUCAUGCGUUACAGGAUGACUUUGCUGGAAGAGGCCGACCUGCUCAAGCUGUCGACGGACCUCACUAACCUUCAGCAGGCACAAGCGGCGGCGGAAGCACCUUCACCCAAGCCGGCGGGCUAUGUCGAGCAACCAGCUUCCAGCACAUCGUCCGCGGUGGCAAACGCAGUUGCUGCAUCCUCUAAAGCUGCAGCUGUCACUGUGGCCGCCCCCACUGGAACACUGCCAGGCAUUCCCAACGCUGCAACCUUGCCGAUGCCUUCGGCAGCUCGCACUGCAGCGGCCACUGGUGGAGGCGGCUCCCAGAGCGCGUUGCAAGCUCAGCAACUGCAGGCUCAGCAGCAGCAGCUCCAGCUGGCAAUAUUGCAACAGCAACAGCAACAGCAGCAGCAGCAAGCUGCUGCAGCUCAGGCUCAGGCUCAGGCCCAGGCUCAGGCGGCAGCAGCGGCUGCUCAGGCACAGGCUCAGGCACAGGCACAGGCUCAGCAAGCGGCGCUACUGCAGCAACAACAAAAACAGCAACAGCAGCAUCAAAAGUCUCAACAAAUGCCUCAGCAAUCGCCGGUGCAGUCGCAUCAACAAGCUCAGCAGCAACAGCAGGCUCAAAACGUCACAGCGCAGCAGUUGCCGCAGCCGUUUGGCAGCCAGAUCAUGUCGCUUUCGCACAACAAUACCCAACAGGCACAAUUGGCCGCUUUUGCUGCGGCGCAGCAGCAGUUGCAGGCUGCUCAACAAGCAGUAGCUCAGCAACAGCAGCAGCAACAACAACGAAUGAGCGGUGUUACUAAUGCACAGCAGCAACCUCAGCAGCAGCAGAUCGGCUUGCCUGUGCAAAUGCAGAUGCAGAUGCCAAUUCAGUUGCAGAUGCAACUGCAAAUGCAAAUGGCCGCGGCUGCCGCUCAGGGUCAGACGCACCUGCUUGGUCAAUCGAUGCCGUUCGAUGCCACCUCCGUUCAAGCUCAGAUGCAACAGGCACAGCAGCAUUUGGCAAGGUCGAUGCCAGCGCAGAGCAUGGCGCACUCGUCACCCAUGCAAGCUGCAGCCUUUGCUGUGCCCAACGCUCAGCCUUUUGGCAUGAACCUGAGUCUCAAUAUGAAUGGAAAUGCUGGCAGUCCGCCAAUGCAACACGCAAGGGUAAGCUCACAGCCUCAACAGCACGCAAGAACGUCGGCAUCGCCUGUUUCAGCAGCAGCAGCAACUAACGGUCAAAACACUGCUCGAACCAAUCCUUCGCCCAUCAUGCAAGCAGGGUUAGUGCAACAACAUCAGGCUCAACAGCAGCAACAACAAGCGCAGCAGGCCGGUCAGCUCAAUCUCAACUUGAGCUUAGCAGCCGCGCAGAUGCAGAGCGGAGCAGUCAACCUUCAGCAGUUCCAGGCCCUGCAACAGCAGGCUCAGAUGCUGCCGCAAGCGCAGGCGGGCAAGGCAACGGCGGCCCAGCUGAUGGCCAUGAAGGCUGCCCUUGCACAGAACGCCAACCUCAAUCUUCGUCUACCGCCUAACAGGGCUCUGCAGAUUGCCCAACAGGCUGCUCAGAAGGCGUUCAACUCGCAACAGCAGGCACAGCUGCAGCAAGUUCAACAGCAGCAGCAGGCGGCGGCUCAACAAGCUCAGGGCAACGGCAACGCUUCGAACCAAGGAUCGCCUGCUAUGUCGCGUGCCUCCACCGCAGGCUCGCCACGUUUCGCUGCCAACGGUAUCAACGGUGCUAUGGCUGGAAGCUCUCCGGUGCAGAACGGUACGUCGGCUACCACCAACGCCACCAACUCGCCAUCGCCGCAGAUCUCGGCUGCCAACCGCGCUGCGAUUGCUGCUGCCACCAACGCAGCCAAUGCCAAGAUGAUGGCGCAGCAAUCUCCCGUCUCGUACCACGCCUCGCCCGUCCAAGCCAACUUGAACUUGCACGCAGCACAACAGCAGCAGCUUCAGAACGCAGCUGCCGCCGCUGCAGCAGGGGCCAAUGCUGGCUCACCUCAUCUUGCAACUCGAGCUUCGCCACAGACGCAGCAGGGUUGA